AGUCAACAGCGCGGGCGGCCGCGGGAGGCGGCGGCGCAGCGGCUCGGAGGCGCCGGGCCCUCUCGGGGCCGCGCGGGGCCCGGGCAGCGGAGGCGGCGGCGGUGACGCCGCGAGGAGGCGGAGGAGGAGGAGAAGGAGGAGGAGGCGGGGGUCCAGGAGGCCGGCCCGCGCAUGGAGGAGGAGACCAUGAACGGCGACCGGACCGAGAGCGACUGGCAGGGGCUGGUGAGCGAGUACCUGGUGUGUAAGAGGAAGCUGGAGAGCAAGAAGGAAGCCCUGCUGAUCCUCUCCAAGGAGCUGGACACCUGUCAACAGGAAAGAGACCAGUACAAACUCAUGGCCAAUCAGCUCCGGGAGCGCCACCAGUCACUGAAGAAGAAGUACCGAGAGAUGAUCGAUGGAGAUCCAUCACUUCCUCCUGAAAAAAGGAAACAGGCGAAUCUUGCACAACUAUUGAGAGAUUCUCAGGACCGAAAUAAACAUCUCGGAGAAGAAAUUAAAGAACUUCAGCAAAGGCUUGGAGAAGUCCAGGGUGACAACAAGCUGUUGAGGAUGACAAUUGCCAAACAACGGCUCGGAGACGAAGAAAUCGGCGUGCGACACUUUGCAGCCCAUGAACGUGAAGACUUGGUGCAGCAGCUGGAGAGAGCGAAGGAACAGAUUGAGUCUCUGGAGCAUGACCUGCAGGCUUCUGUGGACGAGCUUCAGGACGUUAAAGAAGAACGGUCUUCCUACCAGGACAAAGUGGAGAGGCUCAACCAGGAGCUGAACCAUAUCCUGAGCGGGCAUGAGAACCGCAUCAUUGACGUGGACGCCCUGUGUAUGGAGAACAGGUACCUUCAAGAGAGAUUAAAGCAACUCCAUGAAGAGGUCAACCUCUUGAAAUCAAACAUUGCCAAAUACAAGAAUGCUCUGGAGAGACGGAAAAACUCGAAGGGCCAGGGUAAAUCCAGCAGCAGUGCUCUGACAGGAGUCCUGUCUGCAAAGCAAGUUCAGGAUCUGCUAUCUGAGGAUCAUGGAUGCAGCCUCCCAGCUACUCCGCAGUCCAUUUCUGACCUGAAAUCUCUGGCAACAGCCCUGUUGGAAACAAUCCACGAGAAAAACAUGGUCAUUCAGCACCAGAGGCAAACCAACAAAAUCCUAGGGAAUCGGGUGGCUGAGCUGGAAAAAAAGUUAAGAACUCUGGAAGUUUCUGGUUUGUGGAGUCUUCCAGGCCUGAGCUACAAUGUUUCAGUAGGAUUUGGGAGGGGAAAGGACACCAUACUGUUCAGCGACCCCACUCUUCCUAGUGGACAGAGGUCGAGAUCCCCACUGCUGAAGUUUGUCGAGCAGCCCACUGAGAACAAAGCAGAUCCCAAGGAUGGGGAGGCUCAGAAGCAAGAAGGAGAUGAAAGUUGUGCCGCUGCUGAGGCGUUGACAGCGCCUGAGGAUGCUGGGAGGCCCGCUGUCAACUCCCCAGCAAAUCAGAGCCACGGGAACCAAUGCAAGCUCUUUCAUCCUUCAUUACCCCAGUUACCUUCUGAGGAAGAAGUAAACAGCCUUGGAAGGGAAAUAAUUAAACUGACAAAGGAACAGGCAGCUGCAGAACUGGAAGAGGUCAGAAGAGAGAGUCCCAUGGAGGGUCAGAGGAGUGAGACGGGGCCAGCCCCACCGGACCUGGCCAUCCAGGGGGAGCUCCCCAGAUCUCACCUGGACUCCAUCGAGGCCAGCCAGCCAGCAGCCGAAGCUUCCACACCGGAAGACGGCAAAGGGAUCCCAGAGGGCAGAGGCACGAGGAGCACCGUGAAAACCUGAAGGGGAGAGGGAUCUGACACAAUGACACAUUGAAAGCCCAGAGAGGGUCAAGAAUGAAGCAUCAGAACGGCGCGCCCACGUCGCCUUCUCCUGAAACACCUCCGAGUCUGCAAGUGAGAAAAUGCUCUGAUCCUGUUGCAAACUGUGAAUAUUCUGAUGAUGCCAGUUCAGUUUGAUUUAUUAAACGUAGGUCCUCAAGCUUCUCAGUGUCAUCUCUUUCUGCCAGAGAGUGCUACUGUGAACAGGGCCAGGCCCAGGAAUUGUGUCCACCAUAUGGCUGGUUGUCAGCAUCCGUCUUUCUGUCAGCUUUUGUUUUAUCAGAGAUAAGAUGUUUUCGUAUUGGCAUUUAAUGUUGUCAAUCAAAAUUACGGGAAGAGCUAGAAACUGAUGGGGUUUUUAAUCAGGCCCCCAUCUUGGUCAAGGUUAGGCAGCUGGAGAGGAAGGUGUAAUUGAGCAGAACAUGUCCAGAGGGCCCAUGGCUGCACCCCAUCAAGUCAGGACCCGCCCGGUAGGACUGCCUGGCAUAGGUGUGCUUGGCAUGGAGCCCACAGCACUGCUGUUGUGCAGACUGGCAGGUGGAAGGGGCCUUCAGCAGGCUGAGAAGCUUGGGCUUCUGGGUUGAAAUCCACAGCCCCUGUUGAGGCCUGUGUGCUGAGUGCCAGAGCUGAGUUUUCUGGCUCGUAAAUCUGAAGAAUUAACUGAUCUGAAGUGACUGGGAGGGUGAGCUUUUGUAAAAGCCGGGGAACAGGACUCCCAGUGGUGGUCUGGUUUUUUGUGAGAUGAGAUGAGAGCUACAGCCUGGAAAUGCUCCUUCUCUGCAUUCAACCUGUCUCACAUACAGGAUCAUAUGGCCAUUUCAGGUUUGGGAAAGAUCUACCUGCUGGGAGCCAGUCUAGUUCCCCGUACCACCUGGAACUUCCAAACCCUUCACUCCUUCAACAGAAUGUGGAGGCUGCCUCAUUUGUGCCAUCAAGUAUUAGAAUUUCAAAGACCAGACACAGAGCUCAUAACCUUAUAUGGGAAAGAGAGAGGAAAACAAAAAGGCUUCACCACAGCAUGGCAAGGGGGGAUGUGGAACCAAGAACAUGAUCCAGGGGUGGGAAAGGGGGGCGUGCUCAAUCCCAGCUGGUGCUUUCCUUGCAGAUAAAGAUUAGCUUUUCUAGGUGGCAUCCGGCACCGCAGAAAAUUAAAAGGUCAUCCAGCCAUAGCUUUUUCCUUCCCUGGAAAGCCUGAGACUAGAUCCCAAAGCUCAGAAUGCCUCUGAGAACCAGAGUCACUCCUUUGAGAGGCGCUCCUUGCAGGAAAAAGAGGCUCCCAGAGUGGUAGGCUCUCUUAGUGAAAAUGCAUCCUAAAAAUUCAAUGUGUGUCCCAGGCUCAUGACACUAAGAUGUGACAUCUGGACACGAGGGGCCAGCCACACAGAUACAUCCCUCCCAGAUUGCAUCUCCAGGAAUCAGUCUGCUAGCAGAAUGGGCUCCCCAUCCCUUCCUGUGCUGCUCCUCUGAAGUAGGCCAACGUGCAGCCCAGAAGCACCCAUUCCUUUUUGUCUGAUGCACACUGGGUGGGCCUCCUGUUACUGGAGUUGAAAUGGGAGCAUGCUGGAGUCAGCGUUCUCUUGCUCCUGGUGAGAAGGACAUCCCAUUGACCCCUGGCCACUGGGUCCAAUGUUCCAUCCUUCCUUCUGUCCCAGCCUAUCCCUCUCCCCACCAGGCCCACCCCACAACCUCUCCUCAAGGGCGGUUGCUCCCACAGCUGGAGGGCUUGCACAGACCAGCAGUCAGUCACAGAAAUCAUUCUUCCUGCUGGACUGGGCCUUAACUGCCUGCAAAUGUCCAGCACUACUGCGUAGGAUGCCAGAGCCACCGAAGGAAAACACAGCCACGUUUAAUAUAAUAAUAAUAAAAGGAAAAAGCUCAGCCUGCAGAACUCUGGUUUUGACCCACCGUCGGCCAGAUGCACAUCUUCAGGGCCUGUUCAGCACCUUCGGAAAAGCAGGGCUCGUAAUAGACUCCAGCACAUUCCAUCAGAGUCAGGAAAACUGCGGUGAGUCCCAGAGAAUCUAGGGUGCAGGGCAGGGAGCAGGAGUCAUAGGGAGUGAUAACCUGAACUGUGUAUAGUCAGCUGGGAGGGUCUUAUGUUAUUAAGUGAAAUGAGAGCCAGUUAGUUGAUCUUGUCACAGAUGUAACCAUGAUAACACCCCAUAGAUAUGUGACACGUGUGUCCUGCCCCUGCUUUCCCCAUCCAACAUGGUUCUUCUGUUCCACAGGCAUUAAAGGGAGUUUCUGCAAUUACUUCCAGCUGUCUUUUGUCUUUUUUAGGAUCAUUGUUUAAGGGUGUGGCAUUCUCUCCCCUACUUCACUAGAUAACCCUGCAUCAGGCAUGGUCCUCUCAGCUUCAAGCCACACUUAACAGAAACUUAAACAGUAGGGAUGUGAAUUCUGUUCUAUAACAAGAACUUUGGAAGUAGGGCAUUCCAGGGCUAUACAUUCAAGAAAGUCAUCAAGGUGUUCUAGGUUUCCAUCUUCCUUCUCUUCCUGCUGUGUCAGCUGCUUCCUCAUAACAAGGUGACUGCAAUAGCUCCAGAUAACAUCUGUUCAAAGGCAGAAGGAAGUUUCUUUCUCCCCACAGACAUGUGUGUGUGUUUCAAGAGCGAGAAACCCAGUUCCUAUCACAUUGGUCAGAAUGAUCACCUGGGGCUUGUGGUCGCAUGCGACGUUGUCACAUAAUGAUGUCACAUGACAAUGUCUUAACCAUUCCUUAGCAAGGGAGAUGGUAUUACCAUGAUCCGUUUAGGUUCACCAAGAUUCACCCUUAAGAACUGAAGAAGGGCCCUGUCCCUAGACGUUCAGACUCUAAAACACCAAAACAGGAUCAUAUCUUGGGAUGUGUAAGAGAGUUGGGAAUAGACAACCAAUAGUGUUGUCUCUGAACACCAUGUCUUUUUGUUGCUGCAUAAAAAGCCAGAAAAUCAUGUUUCUGAUGACUUUGGAGUUAGGGGGAGGGGCUAUGGUUGUUUGCUCAGAAAAAUGCCAUCUCAUCCCCCUUCCCUGGCAUCUUUCUGAUCUGUCCUGUUUUGUAGGUGGAAUGUUCCCACCUUCGUUUGCCUGUUCAGACGUGUUUGUCCUUCCAUUAUUUUUCCAGCUGGGUUGCCAGCAGAAUGCAGAGCAGUCUAGAGAAAUGAAACAGAGCUGACAGGUCUCUUAAUGAAAGCUUGUUUGCACACCUUGCCUUUCCUGUGAUCGCUCUGUGCCUGAGAGCCUCUGGGUGUGGAUUUUUACAUGAGCGUUUGUCUUUCUUUUAAUUAAGGCCUGUAGAAAUGGAUUGGUUUUUAUAAACCAGGCAUUUCUCAUCCCCUCACUCUUGCUCUUCCUCUUUCCACACCUUCUCUGCCCAUCUUCCUCUCCCCUCCCCCUUCCUUCUCUUGCUCCCACAGCUAUUCCCAAAGCCUCUCUAGCUGGGAGGCUCCUGAUGGCCUCAGCUCAAUGCCAGUUGGACCCUCCCCGUUUUUGGCAAUCUUAAGCAAGCUAAAUUAGUUUGCCCAUUGUUGCCCUCUUCUGUGACCUCCCUCCCAAACAUGCACCACCAUCACGACGCAAAGUUCUAGAAAAGGGCUCUGCUAUCAGUUAUUCACAUGUUGGAGUAAAUAUUUUGGUGUAUUAUUCCUACUGGGAGCCUUUGCAUCCCAGUUCACCACAUGACAUGAAAAGUUCUGUCUCUUCUUUAAGAAAUGGCAAAGACCAGCUACUUACUUACAGAAGUGAUCUUCCCUGUCUCUUUAAAAUUACAACAUGCCUUUGCCCCUAUUGGUCUUCACUCCAAAAAAAUGGGGUGGCCUCCUGGCUUUGUUGGUUUCCCACAGCCCUAUGGAUGACUUGGUACCCUACUUUUUUUUUUUUUUUUUUGAGAGUCCCACUCUGUCAGCCAGGCUGGAGUACAGUGGCAUGAUCUCGGCUCACUGCAACCUCUACUUCCCGAGUUCAAGUGAUUCUCUUCCCUCAGCCUCCCGAGUAACUGGGACUAUAGGCAUGCACCACCAUGCCUGGCUAAUUUUUGUAUUUUUAGUAGAGACGGGGUUUCAGUAUGUUGGCCAGGCUGGUCUCAAACUCCCGACCUCAUGAUAUGCCUUCUUUGGCCUCCCAAAGUGCUAGGAUUACAGGCGUGAGCCACUGCCCCGGCCUGUACCCUACUUCUUUUUGAAAAAGCACCUUCUUCCUCUACUUUCGUUCUGAAACCUCCAUUUAAAACACUUCGCCUCCUUAGCAAUAGUGAGAAUCCCUUCAGACUAGAUAGGGUGUCAAAAGGCCAAAGCAUUGCCCCCAACACAGUCCUUUAAUGUAUUCCCUUCUUUCCAGGUGUCUUCCUGAACAGAGAAAAAUGUAUAGAUCAGAGAGAUGCAAUUGGGAGCUCCGUAGUGAAUCUAAUUAGAAAUGAGAAGCAGAAAAAAUAGGAAAGACCCGUCUCUCAAUAUUAUGGUUGCUUCCCAAAACAAAACAAAACAAGUUGAUACGGCAUGAAGGCAAUUUAAAAUGAUAGAUACGGACAUGCUGCCUUACAUUUCAUAUCACCUCUUUUCUAAAUUGAGAGUUUUUUUUGGAUGCAGAGAGAAAGUUUGCAUACUAUUGAAAAGUUUGACUUUCUGGAAUCUAUGUGAGCUCAGGAAUAGAUUUGGGGAUCUUAGCAGAGGCCGGUGGUAGCCUAUUAAAUGUAAAACAAUUGGCUUUGUUUUUAAAACCAGCUGCCAUUUUGUAGUUUCAUUUAAAGAAAAAGUACCUUCUAUUCAUUUGCAGAACUUGCUUUAUUGGAUUCUAUGGUCACUGUGUAUCAUAACUCUUAUCUUUUUUUGUUACCUGAAAUAAAAAUGUGGCAAUUUUCCUGA